CAGGUCCACGUUUCUACAGAAGACGAACAUUUUUUUUAUUAGAAAAAAAUAGCUAUCGUGAAAGUAAAAGAAUAGUUUGCAUUUUCUCCAUUUUAUAGUUUUGUUUUUGUCUUUCAAACAAAUUCGGCAGAUAAUCCUAACGCGUCGUUCGUAAUUAAUGAUCUCUCCCAUCUUAUCACACUCUCCUUGAUUUAUUACAUAGAGUUUGGUUCUUUUUCUCCAAAAGUAGAUUUUUCUUAAUUAGAUUCCUGGAAGGAGAAAAAAAAAGAAAGAAAGUAAACAGUUGAUCGGAUGGGGAGAUUGUUCUUGGUGAAUUUGGAAGGAAAGUCAUACAGUUGUAGGCACUGCAACACUAAUAUUGCUCUCUGUUCUGAUGUCGUCUCCAAGUCUUUCCAAUCUCGCCAUGGGAAAGCUUACCUCUUCCGUAAGGUAGCGAAUGUGUAUGCUGGGGAGAAGGAAGAUAGGAUGAUGAUGACCGGCAUGCACACGGUUGUUGAUAUUUACUGCGUCAAAUGCGGCUCUUAUCUUGGAUGGCGAUAUGAGUUUGCUUUUGAGAAGAGCCAAAAGUACAAGGAAGGCAAAUCUGUUCUUGAAAGGUACAAGGUUUGUGGUCCGGAUGAGAACAAUUACUUGGUGGUGGCUCAAGAAGUUGAAGCUGGAGAAACUGAUACUGAUGAAUGAAUGAAUGAUGAUGCCUCAUUCAUCUCAAUAACUCAUUAUCUGUUUUGUACAUUCUCUCCUCCUCUUUCUAUCAUUCAUUUUCAUUGUCUUUCUUCUCAUUUUGUGAACCAUCCAUCUUCCAUUAGGUCACCUUCUGAGAUCAAUUGUUUGUGUUGCAACUACUUUUAAAACACACACAAUUAGAAGAUAUCUCAUUUAUCUUA